AUGAAGGCCUCUGCUGUUACUGCAGCUCUCGCCGUCGGUGCCUCCACCGUUCUGGCAGCCCCCUCCAUCAAGGCCCGUGACGACGUCACUCCCAUCACUGUCAAGGGUAAUGCCUUCUUCAAGGGAGAUGAGCGUUUCUAUAUGCGCGGUGUCGACUACCAGCCCGGUGGCUCCUCCGACCUGGCUGACCCCAUCGCUGAUGCCGAUGGUUGCAAGCGUGACAUUGCCAAGUUCAAGGAGCUGGGCCUGAACACCAUCCGUGUCUACUCGGUCGACAACUCCAAGAACCACGAUGAGUGUAUGAAUGCACUGGCUGAUGCUGGCAUCUAUCUGGUGCUCGAUGUCAACACUCCCAAGUACUCCAUCAACCGUGCCAAGCCUAAGGAGUCGUACAACGAUGUCUACCUCCAGUAUAUCUUCGCUACCGUUGAUGCUUUCGCCGGUUACAAGAACACCCUCGCUUUCUUCUCCGGUAACGAGGUUAUCAACGAUGGCCCUUCCUCCUCUGCUGCUCCCUAUGUCAAGGCCGUCACUCGUGAUCUGCGUCAGUACAUCCGUAGCCGCAACUACCGUGAGAUUCCUGUCGGCUACUCUGCUGCCGAUAUCGACACCAACCGUCUUCAGAUGGCUCAGUAUAUGAACUGCGGUCCCGAUGACGAGCGCAGUGACUUCUUCGCUUUCAACGACUACUCCUGGUGCGACCCCUCCUCUUUCACAACCUCGGGCUGGGAUCAGAAGGUCAAGAACUUCACUGGCUACGGUCUUCCUCUCUUCCUGUCCGAAUACGGCUGCAACACCAACAAGCGUCAAUUCCAAGAAGUCGGCUCCCUCUACUCCACGGACAUGACUGGUGUCUACUCUGGUGGCCUCGUGUACGAGUACUCUCAGGAGGCCAGCAACUACGGUCUGGUGGAGAUUAGCGGCAACAACGUCAAGGAGCUCCCAGAUUUCAGCGCUCUGAAGACUGCGUUCGAAAAGACCUCCAACCCCUCCGGCGACGGCAACUACAACAAGACUGGUGGUGCCAACCCUUGCCCCGCUAAGGACUCUCCCAACUGGGACGUUGACAACGAUGCUCUUCCUGCCAUCCCCGAGCCUGCCAAGAAGUACAUGACUGAGGGUGCUGGCAAGGGCCCUGGUUUCGCCGGCUCUGGCAGUCAGGACCGUGGUACCCAGUCUACUGCCACUGCUGAGCCCGGAUCUGGCUCUGCCACUGGAAGCAGCAGCAGCGGCACCUCCACCUCUUCCGAGGGCGCUGCAGCUGGCCUGACUGUCCCUAGCCUGACCAUGGCUCCCGUUGUCGUCGGUGCGGUUACUCUCCUGUCCACCGUCUUCGGCGCUGGUCUCGUCCUUUUGUAA